AUGUCACGGCGGCUGUGGACCGAGGGACCGACAUUGCCCACCAUUCAGCCCGCGCCGCCAAACAAAGGCGCGCCGUCGCACCCAGCUGCGCCCUCGCGGCCCAGGGGACACGCACAUGCGAGUGCCACCACGAGCUCGAGCUCCUCGACCACCGACACCAUCUCCGAGUUGACGUCGUCGUCGUCGCCGUCGUCGUCGUCGUCGUCGUCGUCGUCGCGGGACUCGCUCCCGCCUGCCCUCGCGCCCGGCACCACCACCGCCGCCGCCCCGCAGAAGCACGCGCGCAACGCCAGACGCGCAAAGCCCACCAAGUCGAGCCGGUCCGCUGCCAGAUGGAGUGACGCUGCUCCCCAGCCCAAGACUCUGCUGCAGAACGCUGCCCCCCAGCCCAGGACGCUGCCGAACGCCGUCCACCCCUCGCUCAUCGCCGCCGCCAACGUCCACGCCGCCAACGUCCACGCCAACGUCCACGCCAGCGCCAACACCUCCGCGCUCCACGCACACGCGCAAGCCCGUUUAAUGGCAACGGCUUUUGGCGGGCCCUCGGGUGACGCGCGCCGCGCGGUAUCGUCUCCUCGCCCCAAAGGUCGCGAAGCCAAAAACACCUUUUGCCGCAAUGUCACCAUCUACGGACACUGCCGCUACGAGAACACCUGCCCGUACAUCCACGACCACGCCAAGUUGAGCCAGAACGAGAACGCCAAGAAGCGCUUCAACGUCGACUCCCCCUCCUUCACUCCCUUGCAGGCGAGUACCAAUGGAUCCGUCACGCCCUCGUCGCGCAGCGCCGCCAUCUCCCCCAAAGCUGCAAACGCCGCUGUCUUCACCCCCAAGUCCCAGCGCUCCGCCGUCAGCACACCCAGCUUGCAUACCAAGGAGCCCUCGACCGAGUGGCAGGCGCAGGAUUUCCAAGAAUUCGUACCACAGACCUUUGAGGGACAGCUAGUGGAUGCGGCCUCGUCCACGUCGGUCCUCGGUUACGAUCCAUUCAAUACAUCCUCAGGCAUAUCCACAAUCACUGCCUCUGCACCCGCCAUCAAUCCAUAUGCCCAGGACCACUCAGGACUCGCAGGCGCUUCCUACUACCAAAACGCCAAUACCUUCCAGGCCUCGCCUGCAUACCAUCUCUACUGGCCGGUAGGCCCUCAGCCGACUGGGCUGCUUGCCUAUCAGCGCACAGCCCACGACUUCUUCAUUCCGGACAGCCUUCGGGAAGAUCUGCAGAAAAAGGCCGAGGUUGCACGCCAGAUCCUCCCCAACACCCCCUUGCCAGCGAUCGAGCAGUACCACUCCCUCUUCUGUCUCGACACCUCCCCGCAAAGGAACAACGCCCUCUUUGGCUACGCGAGCUGGAUCUACAAGGCCGUCUCCAGCAAGGAUGGCAAAACGUAUGCUUUGCGCCGGUUGGAGAACUUUCGCCUGACCAACGAAACCGCAAUACGCUCGUUUCAGCCAUGGAAGAGGAUACUGAAUGGUGGUGUGGUCACAAUCCACGAAGCCUUCACGACGAGGGCGUUUGGAGACAGCUCGUUGAUCAUGGUGACGGACUACCACCCGAACGCCAAAUCGCUCGCAGACGAGCAUUUCAAACCAGUGCCGCGCUACCACGGCAGGCAAGCUGCGUCUUCGCAGGUCCCAGAACAGACACUAUGGGGCUAUCUUGUCCAGAUUGGCUCGGCGCUCAAAGCUAUACAUGGUGCCGGCUUGGCCGCAAGACUCAUCACGCCUUCCAAGAUACUGUUGACCUCGAAGAACCGCAUCCGUCUCAACGCGUGUGGAAUCAUGGACGUGGUGCAGUUUGACACGGCACGCCCCAUGGCAGAUAUACAAGCCGACGAUCUCCUCCAGCUCGGACGGCUCGUUCUGUGCAUAGCCAACAACAGCUCGACAGCCCACAUGAACAUGCAGAAGUCCAUGGAGCACAUAACAAGGAUCUACACGGGCCGUCUGAAGGAGUGCAUCCAAUACCUCCUUGGCCCAUCGCCUCAAGCAGGUACCCCUUCCUCACCCACCACCCCGGCCGUUCUGAAAGACAUUGAUACCUUCCUCGGCGGCAUUGCCGACCAGUUCGCCUCCGUCUUCGACUCGGAGCUCCAUGCCCAGGACGCGCUCACCAACACGCUCGGCCGCGAACUAGAAUCCUCGCGCGUCGUGCGUCUCCUUGUCAAACUCAACAUGAUCAACGAGCGGCCGGAGCUCGACGGCUCGCAGCACGUGCCCGGCAGCUCUGCGGCGAACCCCAGUUCCGGGUGGGCCGAGACAGGCGAGCGGUACUACCUCAAGCUCUUCCGAGACUAUGUGUUUCACCAGGUGGACGCAAACGGGCAUCCGGUGACCGAUCUGGCGCACGUGCUGGACUGUCUGAACAAGCUGGAUGCCGGAGCGGACGAGAAGAUGAUGUUGACGAGCAGGGACGAGCAGAACGUGCUCAUUGUGAGCUACCGCGAGGUCAAGCGAGGGCUGGAGUCUGCCUUUCAGGACCUGGUCAGGGCCGGGCGCACGAGCGGGAAAUAG